UACAGUUAUUGUAUGUUUUAUAAAUUGCCCAUUUCGUCCGCAACAACAUAAUAUAAUUCCUACAAUAGCUUUCAUAAUAAAUAAAGAAAGAGUAACAUCUAAAGGCGAUUUCGUGCCGAUGAAACAGAUGGCUAUAAGUUCAUUUCCGUGUUAUUAACGCAGCCUAGCAGCGUGUAGGACAUUCAUAUGUAAUAUCUGACUAAUUGAGGCCGACGCGUGUACUUGGCGAUAAUCCAAGUCGCUUUGAUCGCCGGCAAUCUACCUUACGCGAAAGCUACACACGUGUGCCCGUCUAUACGCACGUGUUCGCUUAAAUAUGUAUUCAUGAAUUUAAGUACACGCUCGUGUUAUCCAAACGGAGCAAAACCGAUGACUAAAGACCGCUUGUACAUACGCGGAAUCAGAGUACAGAAUCGGAUUUCCAAAGAGUCGAUCGCGAUAAGAUGGAGGAGAAUUCUGAUUUACCGAUCAGAUGACAAAAGUUGGUCGUCGAGAAACGAGCAUCGAAUCUCGUGCGAGCGCUUUUCGUGAUCGUUUAUCGGACAUGUGUCAACGUGCAGGAAAAACUGUUCAUCGCGACUGAUCAACGAAGAAUUGCCAUUAGAAUUAGGUAAAAAAAGUGAAUUCGAGUAAAUUGCGAUGAUAACGAUCGAGAUAAAAGCUUGAAGAUUCACCAGUGUUCGCUGAUUCAAUGGCACCAGCACCAAUCUUUCCAUCGAUUCACCUUGCAGAGGAAUGCUGCUGAGUUUAUUCAGGUUGACCAUGAUCGUUUCGCUACUAAUCAGCGCAGUUUGUAUCGAAAGCAACGUAAGAUCAUCAGAGGAAAACAAAGCAGAGGUAGAAUCACCUGAACGGCGCGAUGUUUUUCUGAAAAAAGACACGAUUGUCAACCACGAUGAAGAUUCCCAUAUGCAGAAACGGCAAUCGAGCAAACACAACAGAUACUCUAGCGAUCAGGAACCGAAGGCACGUAGAAGCAGUGUCCAUUCGAUGGAACGCAGAAUAUCUCGAGCAGGUGACAAGAAUUUGGCCAACAAGAUGGCCAAAGAUGCGUUGCAAUCUCCGAAGAUGCAGGAGACAAUGAAGAAGCUCACUCGAGUGUCGAAACCUCGUAGUAAUCUCUAUGCGUCAGUGAAAUUGCCGGCUUCGGGAAAGGUUGGAAUGAAAAAAUCCCGCAGUGAACAUCAGGACGGGCACAUUGGACGAGGAAAGAAGAAAAAGAGAAGACACCAUCGAAGAUUCAAAAAUGGGCACGCUGAAUGGCCAAAGGGGGGAUCUCCCAAGAGAACGUCGAACCCUGGCAGCAACAUUAACUCGUCUGCGAAGAAAGUAACCGGAAGAGAGAAACAUUUAAUUAAACAUAAUCAAGGAAUGACCGAUAACAAAUCACGAGACAGACCUACAACAUCAAGAUCAAACGAAAAAGUUACCCGUGUACACGUAGACGACAAUGAUUACGUUGAUUUCUCCUCACCGUUGAUCACUAAAUCUUCGGCGUUGUCGAGUAAAUCAGCGAAAAGCGAAGGUUCCGUGAAAUUACACGGUAGCGAGAGAAUGAUCGACAGUUUGAUGCGGACGACAACGAGGAACCCUUUAAAAAAGAGUCCCGGUGACCAAGGAGUAGAGUACUCGGAUUAUUACAGCGACGACGAUGUCCUCCGCGACAUGGCAGCGAAUAAAAUCCCCAUGCAGAUCGUUCGAUCCAUGUAUCCCAAUGAUCGUUUCGCGCGCGAGACUCCGUACUCUAGAUCUCUUCGUCGAAUCGACAGAAACGUUCAGGCGUAUCAUCGAGGUCACCCUGGUCGUAGAAAAGGCUUCAGGUACCCUGGUAACGCUUUUAAACGUUCUCAUCGUUUUCAAAGAUAUCCGAAAGGCAAACGACUCGGGGGACCGAAUCAGUAUUCUCAGUUCCUCAGAGCGGAUAGAUACGAUCAAUCGGACCCCAGGUGCCCUGCCAGCACCGAGGAAGUUCUUGAACAGCCUCAGAUAUCCGAACAGGAUGCUGUUCUUGACGUGGUACAAAACAAUAUCGAUGAUAGGAGAAUGAACAAUGAAAUUCACCAACUCAAUCCUCGUCCAUUGAAUCGUUUCGAUCAAUACGAGACGCCUCAGGACGAUUUCAGAAGCUUGGAAACAAACGAAGGUGUCGAACCAAGGAGGAACCCGCUGCGUCCUAACAGUCCUGAAAUACAAAACCUGGAAAAUGAUCAGCCAAUAGACACGAAUUUCGACGAGAAUACGUUAAAUCAACCUCGGAUAUCAGGUACAACGGAGGAGGAUAUCGCAGCUCAAUCGCAGCCUAGUUUCUCUGCAGGCCAGUCAUACGACAAUCUCGACGACACACAGGAUCAAUCUAUGAAAAGUGUUUCAAUACAGGGGAUAAAUAACAUUCCUCAAUCGUACGAUAACGCGAUGGAUCAGCCUCUUGGAAAGAUACUGGAGUCUCUGGGCAUCAACAUCAGCACCGAGCCCAGUAAUUUAAAUCAGAAUGAAAAUUUGGAGGACGACAUAGCAAACUCUGACUCUCUUAAUCAAUCAGAGGAACAUCUUUUAAGUCCCAGUUAUCGAAAGCAAGAAUUUAAGGGUGAGAAUAGAAACGAAGAUAAGGAGGACCACACGAGAGGACACGUAAUUCAAAGUGGAGGAUACGAAGACGAGUUCUUACCGUACACGGAUAAUCCACUCCUUCCUGCACACAAUAUGAACAUUUCCAUCGCUGUGCAAGACACUAAGGAGAUCGCCAAUCAAAUACUGAACACCAUCAUGGAGGAACUGGAAGAAUUGAAGCUGGAUCAUUCAAAGAACAAAAGGAGAGACGGCUUACCUUGCCGUUUGUCAGGGUCCUGGUCAACGUCUCAGGCCGGAAUCAAGCUAGAGAUGAGGGUCGUGAAUCGAAGUAUAAUCGUGACGGUUACGGAGCUCGCGACACCCCGUUUUCACGGAAGUCUCCUCAACGGAACGUGGAACGUUUCCGGUCACGCUCCGUUUAAACGUGGCGCACCCUUCACUCUGAUCGCCACGGAUAACAGUACCAAGUCGAUAGCUGUGUUCGUCGGUGCCUGUAGAGUAUGCCAAGGAGUGGACACCAUAACAGGCGUUUGGUCCAUUGCCCGACAGCCAAACGAUUGCAAAGACGUCCAGGUUGCCACGAGUGUCUUCAAUGAUGUCUUCCGGAAAUCUAAGUUGUCCAGUUUAAAAGAGCACCAGAACUCGACCACGACUGAAAGCUCGACAAUGAAGCACGAGAAAAGGAAGAGUUAGAAGUGUUUUACCACUGAAAUCCGUAUGAUGCGGAAUAUUUAAAAACAAAUUGACAUUGGAUAGACAAAGUUGGAACUUAAGGGAUGAAAGUAUAAUCGAAGAUUGAUUUGAUUUUGCAGACGUAGACAAUGAUUCACACGGAUAAUCGUAUCUCGAUAUGACAAGCUACGUAUUCAAAAAAAUGUCGAAUAUUUUGUAUUAUGAUGUAAGUAGUUUCUAAUAAACUCAACAUUUUAUACUAUG